AUGGAAGUUGUGCUGGGCCCAGGAGGAGCAGGGCGCGAGGUCGGGCACAGAGGGGAAGCCUCCGUGGCAUCCUCCCGGGAGCGCACGAAAUCCCCUCCUCGACGAACCACACGUUCCCAAGAAAGACGCCCCUUCGGGGGAACUGGCGACAACAGCGCCAGAAUAAUGCAGGAACUGCGCCACAGGAUGCAGAACCUGGAGCGCCAGCUGGCAGAUCGGGAGCAUCGCCAACCAACUCCCGAAUCAAGUUACUCUCGUUCCCCUCCGAGAAGCCACUCCCAACGAACGGCUAGUCCACGAUCUGAGCCCGAGAGCGCCAGGGAUGAAAGACGCCCAAAAAGACGCCGCGAUCCCAUCAUUUACGACAGACGCGAGAGGAGACGCACUCACGCACCACAGAUUGAGACCGGGAAGACGGUCGACGGGAAGGCGGCGAGCGUAGAAUAA